GACGAAGCAACCGGAAACCCUAGCCCGGAACCCUCGCGCGUGCUUCUCCGUCGCGGCGUACGCGAAGGCGGUGGUGGGGGGGCUCGUCGGCGGCGGCGCCGCAGUGGACGCGGGGCUCACGGCGGCGGAGCUCGCGGCGAUCGAGGCGUCGCUGGGCUUCUCCUUCCCCCCCGACCUCCGCAAUCUCCUCGCCGAGGCCCUCCCCGUCUCCCCGGGCUUCCCCAACUGGCGCUCCCCCUCCUCCUCCCUCGUCCUCCUCCUCCGCCGACCCUUCGCCGAUCUCCUCCUCCGCGCCGAUCGCGCCCGCGAAACCCUAGAUCGCGCCCCGAUCCUCGUCCCGAUCUACCGCCGCUACUACGUCCCCGCGGCCCCGGCCCUCGCCGGGAACCNGGCCUGGAGCGGCCGCGGGUGCACCUUCCCCGCGCUAGAUCCCAAAGCGCCCGCGCUAGCCGCGCCUCCUCCUCUAGCCGCUUCCCAGCCGCCUCCUCCUCCUGCUCCCUCCUCCUCCCCCGUCGCCGCCGUCGACAUCGCCGAUUUCUUCGCGCGGUGGGGCUCCGGCGCCGUCGUCGCCGCCGCCGCCGCCGCGUGGGGGGGGAAGAGGGAGGAGGCGCGGAGGGUGGAGGUGUGGACGGAGAUGGCGGAGGAGGCGGCGGGCACGUGCGGGAGGGGGGAGGCGGCACGUGCGGUGGAGAGGGGGUUGGUGGAGAUGGGGGCGCGGCUGCGGGAGGCGGGGUGGGGGGAGGAGGAGGUGCGGGAGAUGAUGAUGAUGGGGGCCCGCGCGGGCGCUGACGUGGCGUGUGGACCCCGCGGGGGACCAUAUAUCCUUAUACUUGUGAUUAGACCCAAAAAUAAAAAAUCUAAUUAUAAUAAUUGUGAUUAG